UUUAGUUUGCUAUUUGUUUGCUAUUUGCACGAAACUUUGUUGCCUUUGUAGUUUUUUUACGUUUUGAAUCUGUUAUGGGUAUAGUGUAAUAUUUGUUAUGGUGGAAUCCUGACUCUGCUAUGGAAGUUGAGAAGCUUUUGCGCGCGCUGGAAGCGCUAAGCACGACUUCGUCGGGCUUGACGCAGUCGGAUAGCGGAUCGACAUCGACCGUCAACUCAGCUCAGACAGGCGUUUCCCAAGAGGCUGGCGCGCUUCCGCUGAAGAAGCCAAGUUUUAUCAAACGGAGAAGUACCAGCAAAGUUCUCGGCGUGGCUCCAGCCGAGAGCAAAGCUCGUUUGCUGGCGGAGAUUGGUGAAGCGCUGACGGCCGGUGUAGCUGCGGAGAAGAAUGCGGGCGGUAAGGAUCUGGCUGGACAUUUGGCAUUGGCCAUCGAACAUCUGCUGGCCUGCUGCGACGAUGCAGACGCCAGCGUCCGUCUGGCCGCGGAGGAAUCGCUCAACGCCAUCCUCAAGGAGCACAUUGUGGCCCACCCCGUCACCGUGCUGAUCGAGCUCUUCAAGCAGCUGAAGAAGAACGACAAGCCGCGCUGUCUGCGCGCCGCCUGGCUGCGUUUGGCCUUCUUCUCCAACUACGCCAAGCCGCAACGCUUUCGUAAUCGGGCAUUUGUUGUCAAUCUGCUGCCGUGUAUCAUCCAGCUGGCCCGCCACGAGGAGGAUGUCUUGCAGGAAGCACUGGCGGAGGGACUGCCCCUGGUGCUGAAGGUGAUGGGCAUCUACCUCACCGAGGCGGAGAUCAAGUCGCUGGCUCGCACAUUCCUGCCUUCGCUCAGUUUGGACAGCCCCGUCAAGCGGCGGACGGCGGCUGCCAAUCUUGUGACGAUCUGCCGCUAUUCCAAAAAGCCCGAACUCUCCUUCCACUGGCUUCUGCAGGGCUUACUCGGACUGGCCCGAUCGUCUGCCGAUAACGCUUUGUCGACAGUUUACUCCGGGGUGUUGCUGACCCUGAAAAAUGUUCUCAGCUUCCUUUCGAACCGUCCCAGUCUUUCACAGAAUACCUUGCUGCACGGAGACGUCAGCAUCCUGAUUCAGAUUCUUCGAUUGAUACUCGAUUGCUGCGACCAGAAGGACCACAACGUGCAGGGCUUCGCAUUGGACGCUCUACACGCCCUUCUUAACUACCCCAAUGACGCUUUCCACGCUGCACUGGCUUUGCGCGGUGCCUUGGCGGAUCUCCAAGUGUCGCCGUCCGAUUCAAAUGCAUCGUCUGACUUCAGCCUUAAUUUCGGAGACCAGCCAGCGGAGAGUUCUGAGGAGGUUAUUACCUUGGAAGAAAUCUCCGCUGAAGCGCUGGCCACUCCGGCGGCUCCCCUCAUCGGAGCGCUGGACGCCGCCAGCGAGAUUUCAGAUGUGGCCAGUGUCAUGUCCAGCGUGGAGGACGCCUUCACAUCCGCCGACGACAGCGAUUAUGUCCUGGCCGAUGACGAAUCUCCGGUGACUGAGGGGCCGGAUUUUAAUGAGGAGGUUAAUCGGGAUCUUGAGAGCGAGGAAGACAGUGUGGAAGAGGCUUCCCAAAGCCAGGGCGGGUCUGAUGAAAUGGUUGCCGGUGCCAUUGGUGCCCUUUUUGAUGCUGACGAGGCUGCGUUGACUUACAUUGCACGCUACUUAUGCUUUCGCUUUCUGAUGAGCCCCGAUGGAGCUUCCAAGAGUGGAGUGCGUGUUAGUGUGCAGAACAGUGCUCUUGUCUGCUUGGCGGAUGUUAUCUGCAAGCAACCACAAUUGUUGUCGCAACCAUUAUUGAUCGAUCGUUCGGAAGAUUUACCAUCCAUUUCGGCUGUUUUAGUGUUUUUAUCUCACAACGAUCCCUUGCUGCAAGCCCACGCGGCAGUUAUAGCCAGUCUGCAGAUUGCCGAUAGCGCCCUGUCAUCCGGAUCGCUUAAUGUAGACACGGAGAAUAUUGAUAAAAUGCUGCACAUUGUGCACAGUGAUUCAGCGACAGCGGGAAAAGUGGCUUUAGAUGCUCUGGGUAUUUGCACAUUACCCCUGCUGUAUUCCUCUCGCCAAGCUCCUAGAGCGCUGCUGGUCGUGCAGAGCGUGGUGGAUAUGCUAGACAACGAACAGAAGGAUUUGUACUGGCUGAUCAAAGUGGAGUUGCUGCAGUUCUUGCGCAGUGUUCCUCUGAGCUGGUGUCUGUACGUGGAAGACAUGACAGGGAGGGAAGCACACCGCAAAAGCGAUAUACUGCAGAGCGUUUUGAGGACCGUGCUGAAGCGGUUGAGCGAUGCCGAUCCGCGGGUCGCCCGCGCGGCCAUCGACACACUAUGUUGGUUGCCGUACAGUUUUGCUUUCCCAGAGAUGGCUUCAGAGGAGACAUAUCGGGCCGUUAGGAAACAGUACGAAGAGUGUAUGAAACAUAUUGGCGAAGGUUUGUGGUUUUCUAUGCAAACUGGACUGAUUUUUCCGUAUAACGUUCAUGACCUGUCGCGGACGAUUUCUGCCGUGGAGGACGUGGUGUCCAUUAUUGUCGGCAAUGUACUAGAUCUGCUUAUCUCGGGACCCAAGCGUGAAGACUUACACGGACUGAUCAGCGCAUUGUCCCGCCUGUCCACGCUCUUUCCGCCCACGGUGUACUCGCGUUGCUGGUUUGGUCCGAUAGACGAAAACGAUCUCAACUCUGGAAGAGUUAGCUCCUCAGCGACUGGAGUAUUGCGGCGUCUGCUGGAAUUGGCGACAUUCAACAGCAUUGCUGCAGAUUUGGUGGUGCAUGCAGAUAUCUUACGUCUCAUCGGCAACCUCAUAGCUAGUUUGGCGUUUACGGUGCAUGGUAAAGCAAAACCUUCCGGUGCUGCUGAUGAGUCACUAUGGAUUUUUGCGGGCGACUCUCUGCUUCGGAUCUUGGUUGAAGCUCUUUUGAAGCAUUUGGCCAGGGUACUGAACAUCACCAAAGCAGCUAGCGAAGGUCAUAAGGCCACGGAUGUGUUCCCGUCUCUCCGAUCGGCCAUUUUCUUACCCACAACUCAGGCCAUCAGCAACACCUUGCGGCGGAAGACGGAUAGGAAAGGCCGGAGCCUGUUUGACGUUAAAGGCAAGGCCAGCCUAGGCGCACUGCACUCGGCUGAUGUGUACGCCUCUCUGUUCGACGCCUUGAAGAAGUCCUGGUUGAAGCGACGCUCCGUCUUAUCACAGGACAGUCAUGCUGACAGGUUUCGGUCUCUGCUGUCGGCUGUGCUAGUAUGUUUAGCACAGACACUGGAGAUUGUUCCGGCGGAAAUGGUUUCCCAGCAUACGGAGGAGAUCAUCCGUUACGUGCGAGCGACCAUCAGCGUGGACGGGCCUGCAUCCAUCUACUGCAUUCAACAGCUGUUGCGUUGCCUUUUCGCAUGCAAUAUCGGCCAGACCGACAAUCACACCCUCCUCAAAGAUGUCCGUGUGCACUUUACACCGCUGCCGGCAGAGCGAAACGUCCUGGCGGCAUUCGUGGAAGACAAUCAGCGAGCGCGUGACUUUUCGCCGCUGUUUGUCACCUUUCCCAUUGAACAUGUCGCGAUAGGAGGAGCCACCGCUUCCGGUGGCGCCAACGAGGAAGAGUGGGGACAGCGGUGGGCACGCAGCUGGGAAACGCGACGAUUGGAGGAUCUUGAGGCGUUGUUUAAGAGCUAUUCCAAGGAGAAGCGCGCGGCCAUGUCGGAAACCAUCCGACAGUUCGAGUCGGUGGUGAUCAGGUCGCUGCAGCUCUACACCUGUACCACCGAUUCGACCACCCAGGUGCAGGUAUUGGAUCUGCUGGUGCUUCUCCUCCAGCUGCACGUUAACUACAACGUCCUCGACGGGGAGCACAUCUUCCUCAAGUACGCCCUCAAGCAGGUUGAGCUGAUGGAGUACGGCCAGGUCGCCGAGGACGACACGGCGCUCUUGCUGCCCUACUUAUUCCGCUUUUUCAUCCACCUGUCGCAUGACAAAUUCAUCUUCCAGCAGCGGAUUUUGACAUACGGGCACAUCAUGCAGCUGUGCGAUAGUCUAAUGGCUUCCGGCCGGGGAGUACUGUCGGUGCUCAGUCUGCUCUUUGACGACGCGGUAUACCGGAAGUGGGCCAACAGUGUGGGUCCGGAAGAACGCGACGCCCAGCUGGAAGUGGUACUGUCCAUGGUAAUCAGGUGUCUGCCACAGCCCGACGCUUUCGCACUCUUGCAUCGUUUCGUCAUUUACCAGCUGAGGAACAGCGCUGGACUUUACGAACUCAAGACGCGCGAUCUCGUGGAAUCGGCAUUUAGCAAGCUUUCACCUUCUCAAUUAGCGUGCUCCAGUCUGCAAGAUUUCCAGCGGAUCUCAGCGUUCUUGGACGUAAUCAGGAGUCAGAACUUGAUUGAGUCACCGUCAUUUGAGCGUUUCUUUCAGUCGCUGGUUCGCUGUGAAACGCCCCCCGUCGCGUCGUUAGCAUUCCUUUCCACCGUUAUCGAUGGCUUCUUUUCCAACGGAAUGGUCCGACCGUUAUUGAAACUGUUUGCCAACAUUAACCAAAACCACCCACUGGAAAGCCCCGGCGAAGCAGCUCACGACGCGGCGGCGGUGCAGUUUGUCAAUAACGUGUCGGCCAUGUUGGACGUGUUGGGCCGGCACCCGUCUUCCGGAUCCCUGUCGGACUUUGUGCAGUGCAGUCUGUUGAAGAGCCUUAUAUAUUUUGUGGAGAUGGUGGCCCAGGGCAGCCUGAAGACUGUCAUGCGGGAUAUCCAUGCCGAACGGGCGCAGGACCCAUGCUUAUCGGUGGUAUGCAUGGUGGCCUGGAUGCGCUUCCGCUACGCCUCCACCGGCUGCGAUCUGGAACCGCGCUUCUGGAAUCGCAACUGCAAAUUCCCCUUAAAAGAACAUAUUGUGGAUGUUACGUGGAACCUGGUGCGCUCUCCCGUGGAGGCGGGCGUCUUGCCCUUCACGUGCCGCGAAGAAGCCGUGCGAUUGUGUCAGGAUUACUUGAACGAUGAGCUGUCCACAGUGGAAGUGGAGAUGCUGCAGGAGCGAUUCGGAAAGCAUUCAGUGGGGCUAAUGGAGAAACUGUUUGCCGGCCUGACCGGCGUAAGUGCCUUUGUCAUUCAGCCGUUAUUCAGCCGGCCGGGCAGUUCAGCCAUCCAGCAGGGACUGGUCGAUGUAAUGCGGAAUGAGGGUGGUAACAUAGAUGCAUCUGUGUUGACAGCGGAAGGGAAAGAGGCCCUGGUGGAUGCCUGGGCUGAGGAGAGAUACAGUCAACUUAAGAAAGUGGUAACAAAUUUAGCUGGACAGAAGGAGCCAGGAACACAAAGCGGUACGGCCCCAACCGAUCAUACUUCGAUGUGGAUACCGGGUUUCGUGCAUUGGGUAGCUUUGAACUCUGCGGAUGAUAACGCCGACAGCAUCGCGGCGCUGAUGAGGCUGCUGAAUGAAGAGACGGUCUUGACAAUUCUCACAGAUCAGAAUUUCAGCCCGACUAUCCUGCGCAGUUGCUUCCGUGGCAAGUCUGAGCAGGGUGGCCUGGCGGCGUUUGAGCCGGAAAAGUUGUCCGUUCUGUUUCGCGCCGCAGCGGAUGUUUUGCUGCAAAAAGUGACCGACUGCACUACAGAGGAUCACAGAGCGUUGACUGUCAGCCACAAAGGGCAGCGCUUGUGGGUGGUUUUGGCGGGAGCGCUGGUUGAAUACGGAGGGCGGCUGGUGCGUGUCAGGGGGACAGUCCCGGAUGAUGUAAUGGGGAAUUUUAUUGAGUUUACUCUUCUUGGACUUCAGCUGGCGGCGAUACCGACAUGCAGCUACGGCCGCCUGCUAUACCGCCGUAGUGUCCAGUGCCUCCUCGUAUGCCUUCAGUUGCCCAUGUGGUCCCAUUGGCUGCGGACGCAUCCAUCGGAGAGCGAUAGAAUUGCGGAGAGUGUGGCACGUGCGGUGCAGAAGGAAUACCGCUUCUGCGCCGAAGAGCACCUGCUAGAGCGAGAGAAUGUACCCGUUAUGGCGCUGACGGAAUGGUUUGACCGACGUUUUCCUCUUAGCGAUGGCCCGCUUUCCGGUGUCAUCCAAGGAUUAGCUCGGUUUCCCUCUUUUGUGGACAUGGUGCGCAUUCCCGCUUCCAUAUAUAAAUCCGGUUGGAAAGCGGGCGAGGGGGAAAGCAGUUCCAUCCCCGUGGAGUUCUUGCAAGAGUUGAGCGUUCUGAAAGAGUUCAUCGGUCGUGUGGGCCACUUUGGAUGGAGCAGUCGACGGAGCUUCGAGGAGAUCUGGAUGGCACUGCUCAGUGUUCUCAGCUCGGUGCCCAUUGACGAAGAGAGCGCGGCGGACGAAGCCUUGCGUGAGGACAGCACGGUCAGUCGCAUUGCUGGCGGACGCAUGGCGCUGCGCUGCAUAACCGGCCUACUUUUGGAAUCGGUGCUGGCUGGCCACCCCGGGAACCGUUUGGCUAGGGACGAGCCGGCACUGCCUCCGCAGUCCCCACGUCGACGUUUAGACAGCUUUUACGCGCGUGUCAGCCGGAGCAGUUGCAACAUGGCCAGUGAGGAGUCGUGGGUGCAGCAGCAGUUUGCUGGCCUGGCGCAACGACCAGCCUACUUCCAUUUGUCGCACUUUGACGGACUUGAGGAGUCUUCCUGUCAUUGGGUGAUGAAGGGGUCGCCACAGGCCGCCGGCGCAACGGUUGAGGAUUUACGGACCGGUGACAGCAACCAAAUCGACUUGAAGAGCUGUCUUAAGUUCGUCAUGGAUCUUUACAGUCAUUGGACAUCCGAUGAAAAGCUGAAAAGACUGUCACCCUAUAUUCUCGAUGAACUCAUCAAAUCGACUAUUUUGCUCUCAAACAUCUUUCACGACCAAAAGAAUUUCGGUUGGAUGUUUUCGCUGGUGCGGCAGAUCGUCCGUUUGAAGAAUGCCGAGGAUAGCAUGUUUUACGGCCAUAUGAUGGACGCUGUUGGCAAGGUGGCUUCGGUUAUGGAUGAGGAAAAAGACGCAGUGAGCUUGCUUAAGAAGUCGGCGGAAGGCAGAGCCAGUCAGUCGUUGGCUAACCGCAUUUGUUGUGCGCGAAUGCUGCUGCGUCUGCUGCAACAGCAUCAGCCCGGCGACGUCGCUUCAGGAAAGACCGUGCAGUGGCUGCUCAACUUGUCCACCACCAUCUACGAACUGGAGAGCAGGGCACGCAUUACCUGCGGUGAUUUGGGUAGCAUCUUGUACAGCAUCCUGGCGACGGAGAUAGACUUCUUCGUGGCCAAGCCCAAGGAAGCCAGCGUCAAUCCGUAUCAGGACGCUCUCCUCCUGCAGCUGCACGCGGCGCACACAUUGUCCUUUCCCUCGCUAAAGAGCCUGUUGCUGGCCCUGGCGCGGUACUUAAUCGACAAGCGCCCUCUGGACGGCGUUUUUCGUGAACAGCUGAUCAAGACCGCUUUGGAAAGCAUUAAUCUUCCGCCUCCUCGAUCGCUCCUUAUCUUCGGCUUUCUCCUUUGCUGUGUAGAUCCAGACGGAGAAGAAGUUUCUGGCCGCAUCAGCGCAGACGUCGCCAGUGCUGCUAUGAUGGACAUUCAUAGUGAUCCCUUGUUGAUCCAGGCCCUGGAGAGACUGGCGCUGAUUCAGCAGCGCAUCGGCCGCUGCUACUGCGCUGAACAGAGAAUUCUGGGCGACCUCUUUCUUACCCUGCUGACCAACAAGAUGCCCCUGCAUGAAGUCAUUAACCGCGCCAUGGCCGAGUUCCAGUCAGCCGCGCCUCCGCUGCUGCCUUUCGCGGCCCGGCUCAUGGCCACGGUGGUGCAACAGCUGAAACGCCACCGCCUAGAAUCCGUGGUGGAAGAAUGGAUCAGUUUGUCUUUCGCCAACUUCGCCCAGCGCCAGCCGCCGGCAGUGGCCGUCUGGAGUCUGGCCUGUUUGUUUGUCUGUGCUUCUACUGCCGGUCUGACCGCGAUCUUUCCAUAUCUGCAGUUGCGGGGCCCGGUUUUGGACCCCUACCUGCGUGAAGUGUUUCUGCGGGCCGCGCACGAUUUCAGAAGGCAGAUGCAAAUAGAACCCGUACGCCAACUCUUUCUGGCCACUGUCCGUACGGCAACGACACAACAAAGCAGCGACAUUAUUCUCCGAGAGCUCUGCAGCCUUGUCGCCGGAUCGGCCGAUGAUGCCUGAUGCCUCGUUGGGGUUGCCCAUGUUUUGGGUCAGUGUGGUGUCUCUGGUCGCGUAGAAAUUUUACGAGAGCUGCAUUCUGUGAAUGCUGCAUUUGCUAGCGCCAACUGUGAUUAUUAUGACUUGGAUUUCAAUGCUUUUGAUGUGUCAGUUUUUUAUAAAUCAGGCAGACGGAAUUUGAAAUUUUUAUUAAUCAGUAAAUACAGAAGAAUACGAAUCACUGUAAUCAAUAAAAAAGUGGCAAUAUAAUCAGGUGUACAGGUGCA